UAUAUGUAUUAUUGAGUUUAACUUAUUUUUAAAAUAUUUAUAAACUGAAGAUUUGCCUUUAGAUACAAUUUUUCUUUCCUUUCCAGUGUAAUAUUUUCUUGUCAAUUUUCUUAACAUCUUGAUAUUAUUUUAUAAUUUAGCUGGAUUCCAUUGUUAUAUGGAUCCUUUUUAGAUUUUUUAUAUAAUUUAAGCUUGUUUCUUGAUAAAUCAGUUAUUCUUUUUGGAUAAUUUUCUUUUAUAUGUAGUAUUAUUUAAUGUUUUUAAGGGUAUUACAAAUUGAAAAAUCUAAAAUUGAAUCACUAACAGCAUUGUAUUUAGAGUUAACAGCAAAGUAAAAGGAGAGUCGUUCAGCCCAUUUAAAUCCAGUAUAUAUUUUAUUUAGAAUUGUGAAAUUAUUAUCAGUUAAUUGCCUUCUAUAAAUCUUUUUUAUAUAUUAAAUCAGUUGGGGAUGAGAAAUUAAAUCUAGAGUAGAACCAAGUCUUGUAAACUCUUUUGAGUGGAAUUCCUCUCUGAAAGCCAAAAUCUAAUAAUAGUUUGCCUUUUUGACAAUUAAAUGAAUAAUCUUCCCAAUUAAUGUUUGGAAUAGUUAUAUCACCACAUAUGAUGAAAUUAUUCUCAAUAUUCUUAGAUAAAAAUUUAGAUAUCUUUUUUGUGUUUACUAGUGAACUGUUUGGAGGAACAGCCAAAAAUAUUAAUUUUUCCUUUAAAAGGAAAAAUAAUUGGAACAAGAAAAUAUUACUUUAAAAGGAAUCUCUUGUACUAUUUUUAGGACGCAUCUUCUCACAUUUCUUCUAAUAGUGCGUCCGGUCGGUUUAUUUAACAACCAUUCUCUAGAGGGUCGGUUUAUUAGAAGGGGUCGGUCUAGGAGAGACAGUAGGUUUAUUUUUCAAUACUGGAAACCCAACUCUUUAUUUUUUCAAAUAAAUUCCUUCUCUCUCUACGCCGCAAGCGAAAAAUUUGAGAAUUUUGGAUCUAAUAGAGUC